UUUUAAGUGGAGGACCUUUGAUGGAUGAUGUCUACAAACUCGAGCAAUAUCAUUGUCAUUGGGGUUGCAGCGAUUCGAGAGGUUCCGAGCAUACGGUAGAUGGACAAGCCUUUGCGGGUGAGCUCCAUCUGGUGCACUGGAACACGACUAAGUAUAGGACGUUCGCCGAGGCGGCCAAGGCAUCCGAUGGUUUGGCCGUUCUGGGAGUUUUCCUCAAGGUUGGGAAACCUCACGACGAAAUGGACAAGAUCGCGCGAUUGCUGCCCUAUGUCUCACACAGGGAUGAAGUAUUGGACAUCAUGGAACCAAUCGAUGUUAGCAAGUUACUUCCAG